GUUUGAGUGGGAAAUCAAAGCGUUGGUCGUCGUGCUCCGUAAUCUGGUCGGGAUGACCACGAGUUAAUGUUUAUCAAUGGAGCGCUUUAAUCAGUGUUUGAUUGGGGAGGUCUGAAACUGUCUCUCCUCUCCACAUUGACUUCACUCUUGUGAGUCCUUGGUGAACCACAGACGUGCUUGUCCUUCGCUGGCUCCGCUGUGCGGCUUCACGGUCACUUCAUCUUUUUUGGUGCCUUCAUUACUCAAUAUGUUGUCUGCGCUGAAGAGCGUCCGACCUGCGCUGCAGCACAUUCAGCAGCUGUCCGCACUGAGAAACACACCGACGCCAUUGAAACCCAUGUUGCAGACCCGCGCCUGUGCUGCGACUCCCGCUGCCCACCACUCAUACCGGGACCACCUCGAGGUCAACUAUGGAGGGAACGUGAUGCACCUGGACUACGUGUGGCUGCGGGAUCACUGCCGUUCCACCUCGUCCUAUAACCCGAAAACUAACCAGAGGAACGUGGACACUGGGAGCAUCGACCUGAACAUCCGUCCUGACCACACAGCGGUGGAAGACGGUCAUCUCAUCCUCACCUGGCCUGGUGGCCAUGUGUCGACGUACUGCCUCCGCUGGUUGGCUGAGAACAGCUAUGAAGUAAAGAAGAAGAGCACCGUCCAGCCGCGCGUCCUUUGGAACUCGGACAUCUACCAAAAUGCAAACAUACCCGUGUCCAAAUGGGAGACGUUCAUGAGCUGUGACGACGAACUGAAGACGUUCCUUCAGAACUAUGUUUUGUAUGGGAUCGCUUUUGUAGAUGGCGUCCCUGCAACAGUGGAGGCCACCGAGGCCGUUUCCAAGAGGGUCAGUCUCAUCAGGGAGACGACAUAUGGAGGAAUGUGGAGCUUUACUUCAGAUCAUUCCAGAGGAGACACCGCCUACAGCCAGUUGGCCCUGGAUCGUCACACUGACACCUCUUACUUUCACGAACCAUGUGGAAUUCAGGUUUUUCACUGCCUAAAGCACGAGGGAACUGGCGGAAGGACACUCCUCGUGGAUGGGUUCUAUGCUGCAGAAAAACUGCGGCAGCAGUCGCCGGAAAACUUUGAGCUGCUGACCCAUGUGCCCAUCAGGCACGAGUACAUAGAAAAGAGUGAAGAGCAUCACAAUCACAUGGAAAGCGCCGGCCCUGUGCUAAACAUCUACCCUUGGAACAAAGAACUCUAUCUUAUCAGAUACAACAACUAUGACCGGUCAGUGAUUAACACUGUCCCCCAUGACAUUGUUAAGAAAUGGUAUGUGGCACAUCGAGAGCUGACAACAGAACUCAGGCGCCCAGAGAACGAGCUGUGGGUGAAAUUGACUCCAGGGAAAGUGAUUUUUAUCGACAACUGGCGGGUCAUGCAUGGCAGAGAGUCUUUUAGUGGUGUGAGGCAGCUCUGUGGAUGUUACCUGACCCGGGACGACGUUCUCAGCACUGCACGUCGCCUCAAUCUGCAGGCCUGAUCCUGGACAUGAAGGUUCACCGAGGAACCAUUUGCAUCCGUAGAGAUGCUGAUCCUUGUUCGCCAUUUUCGAAUGAAUGUUUCUUGUUUUUAAAUCACAUUUCAGUUUGAUCUCUUAGAGCAGGGGUAAAUAUGGGCCUCUAUUUUUCUACUAACCUUUUUCUUCUAAUCUAAACUUUUCCAUAUUGUACAACAUGGCACAUUUAAGAGAUGUGUUGAUUUGAAAAAGUAACCUGGAUUUGCUACAAUAGGUAGUGGUAUGUGUCUUAAAACUGCUCUUCUUUCAAAAUAAAGGCUCUGAAUUUUG